GCCACGGAAAAGAGAUGGUGGCGCCAGUGCUACCUGCACGGCAAACAAAUGCCUUCGAGCCACCGCCAUCCUCGAUGCUGGCCACACAUGUGGUUCACGGCAAUGGAGUUCCUGAUUUUGACUUGGACAGUUUCAAUCAACUGCUGGCAGAGGCGCUCGGAUCAGACGAACAUGGCCAACCCAACCUUGGAGCAGACGUCGCUGUCAACCACAAGUUGAUACGAAUCAUAUUCCAAGUUGGUAUCGAGCAAACUCUUGACGAGAAUCCGUUUCAGUCUGCAGUCGCUGGAGGUAAGGCCACCUCUCAGCUCAAAACAUGUCUCGAAGUCCUUCAACUCGCAAUCGAGAGAUCUCCACACGUGCUCUUCGUCAAGUCACAAGACAGCGGUAUCCCAGGGCAAGAAGCCCUGUUGUAUACUUGGCUCAUUCCCAGACUUUUCCCUUUGAUCAACCAUGAUGAGCUUCAAGACCCGGUUCUACAACUUUUUAAUGUCAUGCUCGAGGGUGAUCGCAAAUGCACCACCACUGAUGUAUGGCGCCAGAUCUGGGAGUACAUGAGGAGCGUCGCUGCUGGCCUUCUUGCGAUUGCGACUACGGGGAACAUCCAUCCUCAAAGGCCUAUUUUCAUUACCACAGACGAUGUUGAUGCCACGAGCACUACGAUAUUCUCAUUUCUUAACAUUGUUCCGAACCUCAAGUUUCCCUCUUUCUACCAUCUUCUCACAUGCAUAGCCCGACUCCUGCGAUUGCUGUCGACUCAAUCGAACUCACUUCAGCGCCGGUUCCAAUCCCGCAAGCUCAUUGCUCGAUUCCGUGAUUUUGUUGACGAUGUUCAAGAUCUUCUCUUGGAGGAGAACCAGACGGACAUACUAUCGCACGAGAUACGCGCGCUGAGCGUGCACCCACUCCGAUCACCAACUCCGCCGUUGUCGGAAGCUUGGCCAGACACUGAUCGCGCCAGGAAGCGCCCUCGGCUAUCAACAGAGAAUGAAGAUGACCUUACAGACACGGCUCAUCGGAGUGCUGCUCGCAGUGUUACGUUGCACUUGACCGGACGUGCACAAUCAGACCUGGACGGCAUGAGCAAGACGGCCUCAGGUCAUUUCCAACAACUUUCAGAAGCCGAGAUGUGUUCCGGACUGGAGUUAUUGGGCGCCGGUGCCUGUAAGCUGGCCGGUGUGGAAGCGUGGUGCUCUCUCUGCGACGAAGACAGCUCUCCUGCCGAUUCGAUUGUCGAGAUCCCUACGUGUUCUGGCGAAGAGUUACUGAAGACUCUAGUCGCCCUCGUUCAAGUAAUUCCCCGCCAGUCAAAGGCUCGAAUAGUGGCAAUGUCUGCCCUUCGUCGGAUUUUGAUACACACAGACAACGCUGCAGACUUAAAGUUACGGGAAACACCUGCUGGUGACUGGUGCUUACAAUCUCUCAAAAGUUCUUCUCGAGAUCUUCGGAUUGUUGCGACUAAAACACUUCAAGCCUAUCUCAUGAGAAUGAAGAUGGUGGACGCGGCGAUAACGCGCGACAACAGAAUUACGGCUCUCGAUUUCCUGCAGGCAAUUUGGCAAAAGGGUGAAAUUGCUCUACAAGAGACAUGCGUUCUUGCACUCCGCCGUCUCGCUCAAGUCGUUGGUGACGAAGAGUUGAACAUCAUCCUUGUCCGACUCGUUGACUAUCUGGGUCACGCCAACCCCUAUAUCACUGGUGUUGUGUAUACGGAAAUUCAGCACCUGUCACAGUCUAUGCAGAUAUCUGUGUGGGUACUCUUUAGGCCGUUCUGGCGUACAUUGGGAGUAGUCUUUGCAAAAUCAUUGUCAUCCAGACCAAACAUGGCCCGUCAUUUGUGCGAUCUACUGGGGAUGGAUAUCACUGGAUUAAUGAGCCACACCACUGAAUACGCUUUGCCAUACUUGACAUUACAUGGAGAUAUCGAGACGAUCAGACGAUUCGCAGCUGCGAGUGGACCAUCAACCACCAUCUUCGAGCUGUGUACCCAGAGGAAAAACCUAGUCGCCAUCCUCUCGUUUCUGCUUAUCCAACCUUUUCCAGAUGCAGAACAAUCUAUCGUUUCGACACUGUCCCGAGUUUCUGACGAGUUCGAAAAGACAGACCUUGCGGACUGGGUGGCUCAUGACCCAAUCCACAUUACGUGCGAGCUACUCAAAGCUAUCGGAGAUAGUGGCCAAGGCAAGUCGUCCCGAAUCUACCAGGCUCUUCAGCUCCUGGCACAACUAGUGGCGCGCCAACGUGGACAGUCCUCCGGGUCGCGACGAAAUGACAAUAUUGGCACGUUCCUGGAGAAUAAUGUUCUUGCAAUCGUCACUCACUUCACCGUUCUCUUGAACGACCUAGAAGCCAAGGAGUCCAAAGUUGAGAAACGCAGAUGUCUUUCUGCGCUGGGAGAGGUUGUUAAGCUUGGAAAGGGUCGAGUUGUUCGUGGGCUUCCCCAAAUCUGUGCUUGCCUGCGAUCUGGGCUUGACGACCGAGAUUUAUGCGAUGCUGCAUUCUCUUCCUGGGCUGUCAUGAUAAAAUCACUGAAAAGAGAUGUUCUUGAAUCACUAGUUGAUCAGACUUUAGCCAUCAUUGUUCAGAAGUGGAACAUUCUCGACGAUUCUUCGCAGCAACAAGCAUAUGAUCUGGUCGGCCAUUUGCUCAAAGAUCACACUGACCUGGUCCGUGAGCGCUUCGCUACCAUGCCAUCCUUGGCAUCGAUACCGCUCAUGGCGAAAUUCGAAAGCGAGAUCAUGGCUUUGAAACGACAAAUGGAUGAAAGACAUCAACUUAGUGCCUAUGUCGACAGAUUACAAGACGAAAAUGUCGCGGUUGUUGAACAAGCUUUGGAUGAAUUGACACCACUUUUGGCCGAAAAACAAGAUCUGCUGCAACGCUCAAUACUAAGAGAACAACCGGAUGAAUUGGUUGCGAAUUUGACUCGAGCACUCCUCAACUGCUGUGUCAGAUACAGCACGAGCACUGAAGUGACAAGACAAUGUGGUCGGUGUCUGAGUCGUAUAGGCUGUUUCGACCCAAGCAAGAUUGAGAAUGUGGUAGAUCGCACACCUAUCAUUGUUUUGGCUAAUUUUGGGAAGGCUGACGAGGUCAUUGGUUGGAUAUUCUCCUUCCUACAGCAUGUACUGGUCAAGGCAUUCUUAUCCGCAACUACCACAAGAGCACAGGGCUUUUUGGGCUGGGCGAUGCAGGAAUAUCUCAAGUCUUGCGAACAAGAAAAUCCUUCCCAUGCUGGACCCGGUAAUCUCGCCUCGCGUCUUUGGGAUGAGCUCCCAGAUUCUGUACAGAACACGUUGACACCAUUUCUCAAUUCCAAAUACCUUGUCCAAGAAGUCCGCCCGCCCGAGAAGAGCCAGUACCCAUUAUACGCACCAGGUAUGAAGCACCGAGACUGGCUGCGUACGAUCACCCUAGACUUUCUCCACCGGGGGUCUGGAGAGAACAUUGACAUAGUUUUCGGAAUUGCCUGUCGCAUCAUCCACGGCCAAGACACGUCGAUCCCAGCCUUCCUACUACCAUAUACCGUUGUUAACCUGAUCGUCAGCGGUAUCGAACAAAACAGCCGUGACAUCGUUUCUGAAAUCACCUCAAUUCUCAGUAUACCCCUGGAGACUCAAGACCGGCGCGUGCAAGAUGACAUCAAGCUCUGUAGUCAAACAGUGUUUGAAAUCCUUGAUUACAUGUCUACCUGGCAUCAGCAGAAACGAAAGCGAUAUUCUGUCGGACUAGCCAAGGCACAACGUGGCCAGACAGACUUAUUACUCGGAGCUGCGGCAGAACAAAUUCGAAGCAUCGAACGAGUGUUGGAACAGAUCCCUCCCGAUAUCUUAGCCAGAAGAGCUCUGGAGUGUAGAUCCUAUGCUAGAGCACUUUUCCAUUGGGAACAGCACAUCCGCAAACUAAAAACUGAUGACAUGCAAUAUGAGCUUCAGAGGCUGCAAGAGAUCUAUGCUCAGAUUGACGAACCAGACGGAAUAGAAGGCAUUUCGUCCCGCAUGCACGUACUCGAUAUCGAUCAGCAAGUGCUGGAACAUAAGAAAGCAGGGCGAUGGACGGCUGCCCAAAGCUGGUAUGAGAUGCAAUUGGUCACUCACCCUGAUGACACCGAAGUGCAGAAAAACCUCAUGGACUGCCUUAAAGAAUCCGGACAAUAUGAUAUCCUGCUCCAUCAUUUCGAUGAAAUCAGAAACCGUAGCAAGACAACCCCAGAGGCGCUCACUCCAUAUGCAAUGGAGGCGGCUUGGUCCAGCGGGCAGUGGACGCGACUCUCUAGCUACAUUUCCUCUCUCACUGGUCACGACUUUGCCUCACAUCUCGGUGAGAUCAUGGUGUCAAUUCAUGAGAAUGAUAAAAUGAGGGCUCUUGGCCUUGUUGACGAGUUGUAUGGCGCAACAGCAGCUGAGCUCACGCCUAGUUCCAUAGCCUCAUUCCAAGCUGGGCAUGAUACCCUUCUGAGGCUGCAUGUGCUAAGCGAAGUCCAAGUCAUCGCGGGAAGUCUCCCAGAAGACCGCACAGCAGUCUUGGAGAACUUGAGAGGUCGUCUAGACAUUCUGGGAUCAAAUGUGGUCGACAAACAAUACCUCCUCGGCAUCCGGCGUGCCGUGAUGUCUUUGCGUCCUGAUAUGUUCACUACAGGAGACGUUGCUGCUGCCUGGCUCAACACUGCCCAGCUGGCACGCAAGGCGAGGUUGAAUGGACAAGCUUUUAACGCGGUGCUGAAAGCAUCUGCACUGGGCGAUAAGGCGGCGUCAAUACAGCAAGCCAAACUUAUGUGGACCGAAGGCCACCAUAGGAAAGCAAUUCAAAUGCUUGAAGGAGCGAUCGAAUCAGGCACAUUUUCCGGCGAUGACUAUGUCAUUGAGAAUGGCUCGGUCACACAGCGUCCUCAGAACCAGAUCAAGGCCAAGGCGUAUGUGUUGCUGGGAAAGUGGCUUGAUCAGGCUGGGCAAACGCAGUCAGAUGUCAUUAGACUGACAUUCCGCGAGGCCAUAAAUCAGUUCAGGAAAUCACAGGGCGCUUACUAUCACCUCGGGCGCUUCUACAACAAAAUUCUGGAUUCAGAGAAGACCAUGCCCCCGGGCAAGGAGAGUCAGGCAUUCCUUACCGGUGAAACUGCGAAACUCGUCAUAGAGAACUAUCUCCGGUCCUUGGGAAACGGCAGCAAGUACGUCUUUCAGACACUGCCUAAAGUUCUGACCUUGUGGCUAGAGCUGGUCGACGGUGCGGAAAUACCUCAUGAUCCUCGACGUGGAAACGCCCAAUUCCACACACACAAUGCAACCCAACGAAAGCGAGUUAUUGACGAAACAAAUACCCAAAUCAAGAAAUACAUUGGCGUUAUACAGGCAGUACUUUUCUACACCGUGCUCCCUCAGGUUGUGGCAAGAAUCUGCCACGGAAACAAGGCCGUCUCUGAACUGCUCGGCACGAUCAUCGUAAAGGUGGUAAGAGCCUUUCCGCAACAAGCAUAUUGGUCACUUCUGGCCGUGGUUGAAUCUCAGCAGAAGGAACGGGCUCUGAAGGGGCUCGAGCUCGUUCGAAAGAUUUGUUCGGAGAAGAAGGAUGACAAGGACCGGGACAAGAGAGUGCUUUCUCCCAGCGAGCUUCGAAGCAUGUUCAACAGCGGACAGAAGUUUGUGAAGGAGCUGCUUCGCAUCGCAGAGUUCCCCAUCGAAGGCAAGGUGUCGAAGGUCAGUCUCGCACGAGAUCUGGGCUUCAACAGCAAGAUUGCCCCAUCGAAGCUCGUGGUGCCCAUCCAAGCCUGUCUGAUACCCAGUAUGCCGACCAACUUCGAAUCCGCCGCUCUCAAGGCGUUCAGACCGUUCUCAAAAGAGCCCAUUACGAUCUCAUCGUUCGUGGACGAAGCCUUGGUCCUUUCCUCCCUCCAGAAACCACGAAAACUCACCAUCAGAGGCUCAGACGGGAUUCUAUACAAUGUCCUCGCGAAACCAAAGGAUGAUCUCCGCAAGGACCAACGGCUGAUGGAGUUUAACACGAUGAUCAACCGAUUCCUGAAGCGCGACGUCGACGCGGCGAAACGACGUCUCUACAUCCGGACGUACGCCGUCAUCCCCCUGAACGAAGAGUGCGGUCUGAUCGAAUGGGUCGACAACCUGAAGACGUUCCGCGACAUCGUCCUCAAGCUGUACAAGGACAAAUCCAUCCAGCCCAACUACGUCGACAUCCGCGGUCUCUUGGACGAGGCGUCCUCCGGCGACCCGGACAAGGUCAAGAUCUUCCCGACAAAGGUCCUGACGAAAUUCCCGCCCGUCUUCCACGAGUGGUUCGUGGAGAGCUUCCCGGACCCGAGCGCCUGGUUCGACGCGAGGUUGCGGUACACGCGCAGCGCGGCCGUCAUGUCCAUCGUCGGCCACGUGUUGGGGUUGGGCGACCGACACGGCGAGAACAUCCUCUUUGAGGAGGACAACGGCGGCGUCAUGCACGUCGACUUCAACUGUCUCUUCGACAAGGGCCUCACGUUCGAAAAGCCCGAGAUGGUCCCGUUCCGCCUGACCCACAACAUGGUCGACGCCAUGGGCACGUACCGCUACGAGGGGCCCUUCCGGCGGUGCUGCGAAAUCACGCUGGGCCUGCUGCGUGGGAACGAGGACGCCCUGAUGACGAUCCUGGAGACUUUCCUGCACGACCCCACCACCGACUUCAUCGACAAGGUCGGGCGGAAGAAGAAGAGCGUCAACGGCGUGCCGAGCACUCCCGUCGAGGUGCUGGACGGGGUCAGGGGGAAAGUCAGGGGCAUGUUGCCCGGCGAGAGCGUGCCGCUUAGUGUGGGCGGCUACGUCCAGGAGAUGAUCACGCGCGCCACCGACAUGAAGAACCUGUCCAAGAUGUAUAUCGGGUGGUGUGCGUUCUUUUGAGCAAAAGUUGCGACCACGUCUCUGGCCCGGUGCCUUGAAAUUUGUGCCCGGUGGGCUUGCUUUUGCAAGGUCUACGCGUCGAAAAUUCAAACGCUCCAUCGCAUUGACAUCAUCAUAGCUAUGAAGGUUUAGGUUGACUCGCAUGAAAUUGAUACUCGAUAUAUAUCGUAUCCGUACUAGCCCUUGACAGGUGACGAA